UAUACAUCUCUUUCUUUCUUUAUUUUUUAUUUUUUAUUUUUUGCCCUUUUUGUUAUUACCUGUAAUAUUUGCAUCUUUUGCUGGAUUUAACGAGUUUGUUUCGUUCUUCUGAUUGGAGGAUUUGUGCAGUUCUCACUCUCAUUUCUUGUUCUUUCUAUUCGAAUAAGGUUGGAAUCUGUAAUUGUCUACUGCUGUUUCAAUUUUGGUUGGCUUUUUUUAUACUGGGCGCUAUCCCUAUUUCCUAUCUGGGUUUUGUAAUUUGCAGUUUGGUUUGUAGUGGGUAGUAGCCUUUUUUUCUUUUUCCUAAUUUUUUGUAGGAUGAGAUUUGGUAAAUAUUGUAUCGUUUUCGAUUGAUUUUCACUCUUUAGAAAUAGUGGAUCUUUCUCUCUCUCUCUCUCUUUUUUUUUUUUUUUUUCCUUCCUAAUUUUGUGGGGUGUAAGAUAAUAGAGGGCUCUCGCUUUGUAUCUUUGAGGUAUUUUGUUAAAUCUGAUUUGGGUUUAGAUUGCUGAGGGGUUUGUCGCAUUGGAAUUAGUUCUUUGUGGAUAUUGGUUUUGGUUCCUGGUGUUUGAUGAGUGUUUCAAAUGGGAAUACAAGUUGUUGGGAAUGGAAGCAUCAAUUGCCUUCUUCAGGGGAUUGUGUUGAUGCAAAUGGGAUAGAGCAGAAAACAUGAGGGAAAGGACAAAAUUUUAGCUGGAGAGACUUCAUUUUCAGGAGAUUAGAUGAUCCAGAUAUAUUACAAAGAGACUAGGAAUUAAGAGCUUUCUGUGAAAAUUUGUAGAAUGGGGAGGGUGAAGCUAAAGAUAAAGAGGUUGGAGAAUACCAGUGGCCGGCAAGUUACCUAUUCGAAAAGGAGGGCUGGCAUCUUGAAGAAAGCUAGGGAGUUAUCGAUAUUGUGUGAUAUAGACAUCGCCCUCCUCAUGUUUUCACCAACCGGCAAGGCUACAUUGUGCCUUGGAGAACGCAGUAACAUUGAAGAUGUUAUAGAAAAGUUUGCCCAACUAACUCCACAAGAAAGGGCGAAAAGCUUUUCGUUGCAUUGUCACAGGAAGUUGGAAAGCCUCGAGGCACUAAAGAAAACAUUUAAGAAGCUGGAUCAUGACGUAAAUAUUCUCGACUUUUUGGGUACUUGCACCCAAACGGUUGAGGAUUUGACUAAUCAAUCAAGACUGUUGCAAGCUCAACUUUCACAAGUACAUAAGAGACUGAGUUAUUGGACUGAUCCAGAUAAGACCAAUGACCUAGAAAAUCUUAGGUCACUGGAAGAAUCACUCAAGGAAUCACUUGACCGAAUUCGAGCACAUAAGGAAAAUUUCAGAAAGCAGCAACUUAUGACUUUAGAAUGUGCCAGUCAGUUGCAGAAUGGGAUAUAUUUGCCAUUGGGAAUGGGAGGUGAGCAUCAACCACAACCAGUAUCAUGGCUUCAUAAUAAUGAGAAUCAACAUAUGAUACUGCUUGAGGACCCAAACUUACUUCCUCAGAGAGAUCUCGAGUGCUCAACAGAUCUCUCUAUGCCAAGCUAUUCUGGUUAUUUUGGCACGGGCAAACAAACAGAGGUUGACAGUUCAGGGAAAGAAUGUGGUGCCAUGAAUGAUGAGUUAAGCAGAAAUGCAUGCUUGAGCCUACAACUGGGUGGGCAAUACCCAUACCCACCUUACAGUCUCAAUCUGCCUAGUGAGAAAAAAUUCAAGCCUGAGGCUGAGAUGAUUGUACAAGGGGACCCUGCAAAUUAUCAAGUUAAUACUGGCUUUGAACCAGGUAGACCUGAUUAUGACCCCAAUCAGCAAAGUUGGGCUUCUACAUCUGGUUCUUGUCCUGCUGGCAUGUUCGAUGGACAUUCUUAUCCGCAGCCAAACUCAGUUCAUGAGUGAUGUUCAUUUAUGGACUUGAGUUGUGUAGCCGAAUACAUGCUUCUCCACCACAGCUUUUGGUACAUGAAACCUUAUGAAACUGAAAAAAGAAUGAUUAAGCAGUUGAUGUUGAAAUGGUCUUCUAAUUAUCAGGCAUGGUGUGCAGUGUCUGAAAAUAUGGCGGUUCAGUGCCACAAUUAUACAUACGUGUACAUUUACCUAACAUCUAUCUACUGCAGAGAUGGAAGGGUGCAAAUUUGCUCAUUUGGAGCUAUCAAAUCUGAAAUAUUGAAUCAUCUGUAUACUAUUACUCAUAUAUAGAUAGGAUUUUCAGUCAA